AUGUCGAACCUUACAAAACUUGAAUUUGCACGCCACCACCUCCAUGAGGGUCUUAAGACUGAGUACUUGACUGUGAAAGAUCCACAAGUCCUUUGGAGUAAUCUAAAGGAAAGAAUUACUUCACAGUUGAAAUUAUGUGGAAAGAAAAUCACUGAUGCAGAAAUGCUAGAGAAAACAUACACUACCUUUCAUGCGAAUAAUGUUGUCCUGCAGACACAAUACCGUGAAAAGGAAUGUAAAUAUUCUGAACUUAUAUCUUGUCUCCUUGUGGCUGAGCAAAAUAAUGAGCUACUGAUGAAAAAUCAUGAAUCACGUCCAACUGGUUCCACUCCAUUCCCUGAAGCGAAUGCGACAUCCCAUAAUGGGAAAGAAAAAUAUCAGGCCAACAAUAGUGGUCAAGGACGUGGACGUGGAUAUGGUGCGAGAUGUGGAGGAAAAGGUCAUUGGUCUCGUACGUGUCGUACACCAAAACACUUGGUUGACCUAUAUCAACAAUCAUUGAAGCAAAAGGGAAAGAAAGUAGAAACAAAUCUUGUGUACGAAGAUGGCGAAGGUGACUUUGAUUGUGGCAAUACAACUCACCUGGAAGUUGCUAAUUUCUUCACCACCCCUGAAGGGAAUAACAAUCCUUAG